AUGAUUGAAAUCUCCGUCGGGCAGGUCUCUGCCGUCAUUGCAGCCGUCAUAACGGUUCUUCAGCUUUUCCUACCCACCGCCUUAGCCCUCUUGAUCGUCGGCGUGUUGAAAGAUGACAUGACGGCCGUCUCAUGGUCUUCAAUCAGUGCCACCCUCCACGGCUCCCAUUGGGCCGCUCUACUCCGUGCGGACACGGCAACGUCGUUCAACGUCCAGGGAUCCAUCAGAUGGCUCACGCACGUCGGAUCUCUCACACUUUUGAUCAUUUUCGCCGCUUCCAUCGUCACCCCCAUCGGCCUGUAUGACACCGUAGAACCAGCCUCGACGUUACAAGAUGUCUCUUUCCCUUACAUCGCCGACACCGGUCCCUUUGGCUUUGGCACACCUGCGCGCAGCACCCUGGGCUUCAACCAUCAAUGCGGUAUCCCCUACUGGACCGCCUGCCCCGGCUCCGACACGAUCGAGGUCAAAUCCGACGAAUUUCUCUCCUCCGACUUCCCUUACGGCUAUGACAGCCGCAUUCCGAGCGACAAGAUCGAGCUGUUUCAAAGCGGUCUGAAGGAGCAGAUGCAGACGGUCUCGAGCUUCUUCGACAUUCAAUACCGGUCUCACGGAAAAGCCCAGGAUCCCGACGUCAACAAUGGAUCUUUCUACCAGACAGGCUCAUACCGACAGCUCGGCACCCUCGUUCUCGAUGACAAAGUCGAAGCCGUCGAAGGUUUGGUCGUGGAUAUGAUCAAUGGCAGCGUCGCCUUCCGAAACCAUACUCUCCCGGCUAACCUGGCCCUGGGCGCCACGUGGAGCGAAGACCUGCUCGUCAUGGAACCGGAAACACAUUGCGUCGAUACGAAUCUCACCAUCGACUUCACGAUUUCGGGUCUGAAUGGGAGUCUGGGUGGAAAUAUCGAGAACAUCGUCCUCACCGACCGCGGUGGCUUCGCGAACAUCCCGCACACUUUUCCUGAAUACGACAAUUCGCUGCCACAAAUCUUCGUGGAUCUGCCCAACCGCGCUUACCAGAGUGCCUGGCUCUUCAACGUCCUUUUGGCCAUUUACUACAACGUGACCCGUCCCAAUCCGGACAAGUUUGCCUAUCUCAACUCGGAAGUAGGAAAGACGUUCGAACUUCCCGAGACCACGCUGCUGGCAACGGACGAACUAGCCAUCGCCACCUACGACGAUGUUUUCUCCACAUUUCUCGCCAACGACAAUAGCUCCUUCACCAGUGAUGACAGUUUUGACCCCUGGCCGAACCCGUUCAACAUCACCAGCUCUAACUUCACCGACAUUCUAACGGCAUGCAAUGGCGUCAGUCCCGCCAGCAAGUCCAACAUGUCCAACGUGGCCGUCGGGUGUGGGCUCGUCUAUGGUAUUCCGCGACUCCCCGACGGCGAGGUGAAACUCGUCUACGACCCGGGCUCCCGACUCUCCAUGCCAUUGCAAUCCUGCGCUACCGCGGUGAAGAUGAGUGUCAAGACGUACAGCUUCCGGUUCAACGGCACCUCGAGCCUCCAAUCACUUCACGUCGAUUCCAUCAACGAACGUUCGCCCGAUUCGCCGCCGACCUACUGGGGCAUUGAAAACAACUCGGAUCUGGACUUGAACAUCCAAGACACCCCACCCCUCUGGGGCCUGGUUUCAAGCGACACCAAAGAAUCUCCCUCGUUAUCCGUCGUCAAAAACCCUCAUCUCUACCUCGCAGGCUACUUGGGUUCCUUCGCCAUGCUCACGUCCACCGGGGUCGACAAUAUGCCGGGUUUGACCUUCCCUAUCGAUGCGCUGGCGUCGUUGUACAAUGGUGAUGCCUUCGAUACGUACAACAGCUUUGGCUGGUACAGCGGCAAGUCGUCCUUUUCCAUGUUUGCCCUGUGGCAGAAAUUGGCGACUCGCGGCGAGACUGCGCGAAUCGUGAAUCUCAUCUUCGCUGAUCUGGCGGCCAAUGGCCUGGUGGGCACCAAGUCCUGGUUGCCGUCGCCCAACACGAUCCCGGGAACCGACGGCAAGGUUCAGAAACGCCAGUCCAGCAGCGGCGGCGGCGGCGACACGGCCCAGGUUCCUGUUGUCGUCUACUCACGUCAAAUCAAAUAUAACUGGGUGUAUGGCGUGCCCGCUUACAUUGGAAUCUUCUUCACAGCGGUUAUCGGGCUCGCGACAUUGAUCUUCCUGUGUCUGGGUCGCACAUCACUCUCGAAGAUGAAAGCCUACCUGCACGCUACCUCUUCAGGACGGAUUCUGGCCGCGUUCCUCUACCCCGGCGAAUCCGAGCCUCAGGCCCCGACAAGGAGCUGGGUUCGCGGCGCGGGCGGCAAGAAGAUCCGCAUCGGGAAACCGAACUGGAUACCGCACGCCACUCAACCGACCCUGUAUCCGGAGAAAACCUCCCAUACGGCCUAUCCAGGUGCACAGGGUGGCGGACUGGCGGGCUAUGAAAGCGACGCCGACCCGUUGAUCGAUCAGAAGAUUGGCACAGCCAUCCAGCUGACACCACUUUCGAGCCCAAUGCCCCCCGCGCAGCAAGGCUUUGGCACCACCGGUGUCCAAGAAAACAAGCAUGAGUACGGGGGAUAUCAGCCCCAUCAGGGGUAUCUAGCGCAGUUUGGUGGGAAUCAUGUUGCGGGACAGAUGCCGUCACCUCAAGUGCAAACGCAGUUUGCGCCUCCUCCGACACAUCCAAGUGGGAGAUAUCAUGUGAAUAGGUUCUAA